CGAAAAAAAACUGAAGGAAAGAAGAAGGAAAAACUCUCGAGAGUUUACGAUUAUUUUGUGCUGUUGCCUGUCCACAGCGAGUGUUCCGCGAAAAGAAGUUGUUUUCCUGGCCGAAAUAGUGCGCCCCGGGGGCCAAAGUGUGCGUCAACAGCUGCCCGAAGCCCGGAAGCAGGAUUUACCGGUGGUUCUGGCCGGAAUCGACCGAAACCGGGCCAGAUAUUCGUGCGGCCAAAAACACCUCGCUCCUUCUUCAUUUUCUCGCGACGUUCUUGCGCGGUGUGUUUGGGUGUGUGUGUGUGUUCUUGUGUGACAGACAGGAGUCGGUUCCCUCCUGCAGGAUCCGUCAGUGUGUGCGUUGCGAGGGGGAACAUCAAUACAAAUAUAAAUAUCCAAACCCAAACUAACAUCCGAAAAAAAGUGUCCCCACAACCUGAACUCUAAACUAGGAAGAGAGUUGGCGGCGAUUGUUCCAAACCCGAGCUGUUGCAAAUCUGUACAGCGGCAAAUCAUCGGAGAUGUUUUGAUCACGGAACCGCCGCCAUCGGUCACGAUUAGGGAAGCCAGGUUGCCCUUUCGACGGACCGCAAGCUUUGGCUGUCCAUUUGGAAUAUGCUUUUUCGAAGAUUGAUCGUACGUUCGAAAGUGUGGUAGUAAAAAAGAGACGGCACGACACCCAACAAGCAAAAGGACUCCCGACAAGUACGGAUUGCUUCCGGGAAUGUAACCAGGAUGUGGAUGUCGACAUGAAAUAUCUUUGGAUUAACUGGAAUCAGUAAACAUGCAGUGUUCAACAUCGGUUCAGUAUGGCUGCGAUCGACACGCACCUGAUAACAGUCCAGUGAUUCCAGUGAAGAAAUUUCCAGCAAAGGACGUUCCUAUUGGUCCAGUGAUAUGCUAAUAUUAUGUGGUAUCUAGCUGGCGAUUCGACGACUCCUCUGGCCAAAACAAACUAUCAAAACCUACGCAGAGCGAAUGUGUGAAACCGAAAACGACAGUGAAAGUAAUAAUUAGAAGAGCAAUAACACUUUGUAAACCAACAACGCACGUAGAAUAUAGAAAAAAAAAAGUAGUGACAGUGUGCUGCCGCGUAAAGUGUUUUCUGAAUGUAAAUAAGUGAAUGUUCUACUAGUACUUAAGCGAGAUUGUUCCCUAAACAGUGAGCAAAAACACAACUUGAAAGGCUUUCUUCGUAGAGCACACGAAGAUCGUACGGUAUGACCCAUAACCUUGGAAUGGCAUCAUACCGUUUACCAGGUCCGGGACUCGGAUGUCCGCCGGAUUUUAAAUCUCCCUCGGAGUCGCCCCAGCUGCCAAUAUCGGCUCCAAGUCAACCGAAGAAGCGAAGGAAAACUUCGAACGCAAACAAUGCGAACUCGGCGGCUCAACAAGCGGUGCCGACACCGACACCGCAGGACCUGCUACCUCCUCCACCAACCGGGUACGGCGAUACGAUCGUGGCGUCAAACCCGUUUGAUGAUACGCCGACCCACACCCCGUCGCCGCAUAUGGGUCAUAUGCAUCACGGUGGACCCGGAAUGAUGGGUCACAUGGGUGGUGGCGGAAUGGGACAUGGAGGUCCGAUGGGUAUGAACCACAUGGGAAUGCAUCCUCACCAUAUGGGCCCUAUGGGUCACCACGGACCUCCGCAUGGACCUCCCCACGGUGGACCGAUGCAUGGAAUGCCACCGCACGGAAUGGGACAUGGUCCCGGUCAUGGUUCUCCACACCACGGUAUGGGCCCUCAUGGACCGAUUGGCCCAGGAGGACCUCAAGGACCACCGAUGCGAGGAAUGAGUCCAAUGGGGAUGGGAAGUCCGAUGGGUCAUCCCAUGCAUAUGAACUCCGGAAUGGGUCAGAUGGGUGGAAUGGGUCCUCACCCGAUACAACGAGGUGGAAUGAGUCCUAUGGGAACGAUGCCGGGAGCGCAAAUGGGUGGUCUGAGUCCCAUGGGUGGCAUGAACCAGAACCUGUCUCCGAUGGGUCCUAUGGGCGGCAUGUCACCAAUGAGCCAGCAGCAGAUGAACAACAAACCAGUUGGAAGUCCCAUGAGUGGAGGAAACAUUGGCAGUCCGAUGAACUCAAUGCCCGGAAUGGGCUCUCCCCAUGGUGGCCAAGGCGGCAUGUUGGGCAGCCCAAUGAACACGAGUGGUGGCCACAUAAACAACGGUCCAAUGGGCCCUCCAAUGAAUAGUCCCCUUGGAAAUGGUCCUCCAAACCAUGUGCCGCUUGGUCCCAAUUCGGCAGGCCAUAGUCAACCGGUAUCCUCGGCGGGCGCGACCGUCGGUGGCCAGACGUCUCCAAACGUGGCUGGUGUUAAUAGUAAUAAUAGAAUGAACCUACCCAAUGGUGCAAUGACAAAUCAGCAAUCAGGGAACCUCAAUCAAUUACCUCAUCAGAUGGGACAAAGUAAUAGUCAGCAGGGUCAGCAACAGCAGCAGCAGCAGCAACAGUCAAAUCCCCAGCAGCAACUUCAAGUGAGUCAGCCUAACCCGUCGCCAUCGAUGGUAUCGAAUCAACAGCAGCCCCCGAAUCAGUCUCCUAACACCCAGUCCCAGCCACUUCCGCCUCAUCCACCACAUCCGCAGCAGCAGCAGCAGCAGCAACCGCACGCAUCUCCCCUGCCCCAGCAAUCGCCGCACGCUCAACACCCUCAAGGUCCUGGUGCUAACAGUGGGCCUGUAGGUAGCGGUCCAGGUUCCGGUGGAGGAGGCCCAGGUGGCCCUCUCGGCGGUCCUGGAAUGCCCCAGCAGCAGAUGAAUCCUGCCGGAAUGGGUCCUGGUAACAAUAGCUUAGGUGGCAUGAACCCAGCUGGUAUGGGUCCCGGAGGAAUGACCGGCAUGCCUCCAAACUCGAUGGGUGGUAUGAAUCACCAUCCGCCGCACCAUCCCGGUAACCACCCUGGAAAUCAUCCCGGAAACCACCCCGGAAAUCACCAGCAAAAUCCUCACAUGCCUCCAUCGAUGGGUGGUGGUCCGGGAGGACCAAACAGUAUGCACCAUCACAUGGGAAUGCCCCCGCACGGCAAUAUGCCACCUGGCCAUGCCGGAUUGAGGCCCGGAAUGGGACCCGGAGGACCAAUGGGACCUGGUGGCCCCGGUGGAAUGGGAAUGGGCGGCCCGCCGAUGGGAAUGGGCAACCCGAUGGGACAUCCCAUGCAUAUGAACUCCGGUAUGGGCCCAAUGGGUUCGCUCGGAGGACCCCCAGGCAAUGGACCACCGCUACCAAAUCAUCACCACCACGUGGGUAUGUUCGGACCUAAACCGAUGCCUGUAACGUCCGGCAAGCUGUACCCACCAGACCAGUCGAAAGUAUUCAACCCGCAGAACCCCAACGCACCUCCCAUCUAUCCCUGCGGCGGAUGCCACAAAGAGGUGCACGACAACGAUCAAGGAAUUCUGUGCGAAUCUGGCUGCAACUUUUGGUUUCACAGGACGUGCAGUGGACUGUCGGACGCGGCGUUCAACUUUAUCCACACGGAGGUGUACGCCGAGUGGUGUUGCGACAAGUGUCUGUCUUCCAAGAACAUACCACUGGUCAAGUUUAAGCCGUAGUCCAACCGGUUCGCAGUCUUAGCCACGGCCACCGGCGGAAAAAGACGCAAGGCCGGUUGAUGUCCUCGUCGCCACUCGAACGAUGCUAGUUCCUCUCGGCUUGUCGCUGUGUGCGAAACCAGCGCUGAAGACAAACGUUGGUCGAAAUAGGUUUGAAUGAUGUUGUUAUGAGGUGCCGGAAGGAUUUGCAGGCAGGCGUUUGGUCAAAGCUCAUUUUGUUCGGUGCAUAAAACCUUGACAUAGUUCAAAGCAUCAUACUCUUACGGUUCAAUGACUCAAGCUUAACGUAAAAGUUUUUCUAAGAAACGCCACACCUAAAGUCAAACUAUCUUCCCCUACUUACUACGACUUUAAUCUUUGAAUCAACGCUUAUGUAGUUUUUUCUCAUCGAAGAUUUGAACAAACGUCUACCUGUCAAAAAGUUCCUGCACCGAGUCCUGUACAUAGUGUGUGAACGUUGGAGGUUGUGAAAGGUGAAACAAGUGCACGAGUGCGACUGAGUUUACUUUUCUGUUGGAUGGAGUUUAGCAAAAGUGAUUACUACGGAAACGUUUGGAAAAUAGCAAAAGUCUUGAUUAGAGAGAGGUGACUACUGAAAUGAAGAACAAACAGCGACAUUCUAGUGUUCUUAAAGGAUACUGAAGGAAAAGAAAGCAAAUGCCGUAGUUAGAUAAAACAAUACAAAAGCAAAACAAAACGCGAAUCGUUAGAUCACAAAUGGAAGCACAGCGCCAUAGUUGAGUUGUUUCUUCUAACGUUGCGAAAAUGGAAGCAACGCAGCCCGAGGUUGAGAGAAUCCCUGUAAAAAGUUGGUAUGAUGUUGCGUGCGAAAAAUGUUAAAUGUGAAUGUGAACUGUGUGAUUGGUGAAAAGAUUGAGUGUCUGCAAGAGAAAAAUAGUUUAAGGUUUUAGCGCGAUAAGAAAAUGAAAUCAAAAAUGGCCUUCUCAAAUAUAUACAUAAUAACGUAUGGUUUAAUCAUUAUAUUAAAAAAAAUGCAGAAAAAUAACUGAUAAGUAAGUAAAAUAUUUAAAUUAUUUAAACGCUUCUCCCGAUGAGCG